GAAAAACAUACGUGAUCAUACGCGACAUGUGUGUAUCCGGUGCAAUCUGGUGUAUACUGUAAUUAAAGCAAAUACCGUAUCACUGAAUGUUUAUAUGGUCAGAGUUACACAUAAAAAAGAAAACAUCGAACUAUUUUAGGAAUUACGAAAUAAUGAUAAAAUAUUACUGUUUCGAAUAAUCAAGAUGCCUGUGCCUUGUUCGACAAAGUGUGGCAAGGCUGCAAUCCUUAAAAGGCCUAAGACUGGCGAUGCGAUAUGCAAGGACUGUUUUUUCUGGGCUUUCGAAACUGAAAUUCAUAACACUAUUACAUGUGCGAAACUGUUCAAAUCAGGUGAAAAAGUUGCAAUAGGAGCAUCGGGUGGAAAGGAUUCUACUGUACUUGCUUAUGUUCUAAAACUUUUAAAUGAUCGGUAUAAGUACGGUCUGGACCUCUUCCUUUUAUCCAUUGACGAAGGAAUUACAGGUUACCGCGAUGAUAGUCUAGAAACCGUUAAGCAGAACAGAGAUGAUUACAACAUUCCAUUGAAAAUAUUAUCAUACAAAGAUUUGUAUGGUUGGACAAUGGAUGAAAUUGUGGCACAGAUUGGUCGAAAAAACAACUGUACUUUCUGUGGUGUAUUCCGUAGACAAGCUUUAGACAGGGGUGCUGCACUUUUGCAAGUUGAUUGCAUUGCAACAGGGCAUAAUGCGGAUGACACUGCUGAAACCGUUCUUAUGAAUGUAUUAAGAGGAGACAUUGCAAGGCUGCAAAGGUGUACAUCUAUUGUCACGGCAGGUGAAGGAACUAUAAGACGAUGCAAACCGUUAAAGUAUACAUAUGAGAAGGAAAUAGUUUUGUAUGCAUAUUUCAAACGCUUGGUAUACUUUUCUACCGAGUGCGUUUUUGCUCCAAAUGCAUACCGGGGCCAUGCUCGAACAUUUUUAAAAGAUUUAGAAAAAAUAAGGCCUUCUUGUAUUAUAGAUAUCAUCCAUUCAGGUGAACGAUUGCAAGUAAAGGAUGGUGUCAAGAUGCCAGAACGACAAAAUUGUAAUCGUUGUGGAUUUGUUUCAAGUCAGGAUAUUUGUAAAGCUUGCACGCUGUUAGAGGGAUUGAAUAGAGGGCUGCCAAAACUUGGCAUAGGUAAAUCAAAUAAAGCUAAACACAUUUUGGACAAUAAUAAAUGUAAAGAAGGUGUAAGUAAGGUAAAAUGUAUAGAGAUUUGAUUAUAAACAAAAUAAUGUA